GGAUCUGCGUGCAGCGCCAUGGAGCGGGGCGCGGAGCGUGGGCCCCCGCCGGCCCCCGUUGGCGUGGCGCUGCGGGGACAGCCGGCGGGCGGCUGCGGGCCGUGGGAGAUGCGCGACCGCCUGGGCACCGGCGGCUUCGGUAACGUGUGCCUCUACCAGCACCAGGACACGGGAGCACGGGUGGCCAUCAAGUCGUGCCGGCUGGAGCUGAGCGUCAAGAACAAGGACCGCUGGUGCCACGAGAUCGACAUUAUGAAGAAGUUGAACCAUCCCAACGUAGUGAGAGCCUGCGAAGUGCCCGAGGAAAUGAACUUCCUUGUGAAUGAUGUGCCCCUUCUGGCAAUGGAGUAUUGCUCGGGGGGUGACCUCCGGAAGCUACUAAACAAACCAGAGAACUGCUGUGGACUUAAGGAAAGUCAGAUACUUUCUCUGCUUAGUGACAUUGGGUCUGGUAUCCAAUAUUUGCACGAAAACAGAAUUAUACACAGAGAUUUAAAGCCUGAAAAUAUUGUUCUUCAGGAUGAAGGUGGGAAGAUCGUUCACAAAAUAAUAGACCUGGGUUAUGCCAAAGAUUUGGAUCAAGGAAGCUUGUGCACCUCAUUUGUUGGAACGCUGCAAUAUUUGGCUCCUGAACUCUUUGAGAAUAAAUCCUACUCUGUCACUGUUGAUUACUGGAGCUUUGGAACGAUGGUGUUUGAAUGCAUUGCAGGAUUUCGGCCUUUCCUACACAAUCUCCAGCCAUUUACCUGGCAUGAAAAAAUCAAGAAGAAGGAUCCGAAGCACAUAUUUGCUUCUGAAGAAAUGAAUGGGGAGGUUCGCUUUAGUACUCAUUUGCCGCAGCCUCAUGGCAUCUGUAGUUUAAUUGUAGAACCGAUGGAAAGUUGGUUGCAACUGAUGCUGAAUUGGGAUCCAGAACAGAGGGGUGGAGGUUUAGAUCCUGAAACCAAUUGUCCAAAGUGCUUUGUAAUGAUGGAUCGCAUACUGAAUAUGAAGAUAGUACACAUCCUAAACAUGACUUCUGCCAAGAUUGUUUCAUUUCUCUUGCAUCCUGAGGAAAGUCUUCAUUCCCUUCAGAUGAAAAUUGAGUCUGAAACUGGAAUAAGCACUGGAAAUCAGGAACUGCUCUUGGAAACAGGAAUUUGCCUGGACCCCCGGAAACCUGCUUCCCAGUGUGUUAUUGAUGGCGUAAGGGGCUGGGAUAGCUACAUGGUCUACUUGUUUGAUAAAAGCAAAACUGUCUAUGAUGGACCCUUUGCUUCUCGGAGUCUGUCUGAGUGUGUAAAUUAUAUUGUACAGGACAGUAAAAUCCAACUGCCAAUUCCUCAGCUCCGCAAGGUAUGGGCAGAAGCAGUUAACUACGUCAUUGGGCUAAAAGAAGAUUACAGCAGGCUUUUCCAGGGACAGAGAGCUGCCAUGCUGAGUCUCCUUCGGUAUAACGCCAACCUAAUCAAAAUGAAAAACAAUAUGGUAUCAGCAUCUCAGCAACUGAAAGCAAAGCUGGAAUUCUUUCACCAGAGCAUUCGCCUUGACCUGGAGAGAUACAGUGACCAGAUGGCUUACGGCAUAUCUUCAGAAAAGAUGCUGAAGGCAUGGAAGGAGAUGGAAGAGAAGGCCUCUCAGUGUGCCCAGGCUGAAGAUAUUGGAUGUCUAGAUGAGCAGAUCAUGGCCCUGCACACAGAGAUUGUGGAGCUUCAGAAAAGUCCAUAUGCAAGGCGCCAAGGAGAAGUCAUGGAGAGCUUGGAACAGAGAGCCAUAGACCUGUACAAGCAAUUAAAAACAAGACCUCCAGAUCAUGCCUACAGUGACAGCACAGACAUGGUGAAGAUUAUUGUACAGACAGUUCAGAGCCAAGACCGAGUUUUAAAGGAGCUCUUUGGUCAUCUCAGCAAGCUCUUGGGCUGUAAGCAGAAGAUUAUUGACUUGCUUCCAAAGAUCGAAGUGGCUCUAAAUAACAUCAAAGAAGCUGAUAACUCAGUGAUGCAGAUGCAAGGCAAAAGACAAAGGGAGAUAUGGCAUUUGCUGAAAAUUGCUUGCACUCAGAGCUCUUCUCGUUCACUGGUGAGCUCCAGCCUAGAAGGGACAGCUUCGACUCCUGCAGCCACGUGGGUCCCCCAGAGCUCCUCAGAGUAUGCACCUCACCCUCUUUCGUCUAUGGCAACUCCUGGAGAUGGGGAAAAUUUUAUUGAUGUGAUAGAAGAGAACCUGAAUUAUCUUGAUCGCUUUAGCAGCAUGUUGCAGGAGGCGAGAGAAGAGCAGAACAACAGCCUGAUGAACCUGGACUGGAGCUGGCUGAAGUAGGCCCGGGAGCUGUGCUGCUGUGUGCAGACAGCUGGCUGCAGCCCCAUUGCCUCUUGGUUUGGACAUGCGGGUACCCAGGCUGUGCCCAGCAGUGGAUACAUGCAACCAGCACUAACUGUGUUACAGACUGCGGCCUCCUUGUGCCUUCAUAGCGAGCGCUCUGUGUGGCAGGGCCUGCAUGGCCCGGGGCUGCGCCUACUGCUGUGCUGGGGACAUGGGCCCUGUGCCGCCCUAUCGGGCCCUGUAGCAGAGGCCGAGAGGAGGCUGGGGGUGCGGCGGGUCGUUGUAAUGUACAGACGUGUGUAUUUUAAUUCUAAGCAGAUUUUUAUCGUUAAUAAACGCGGUUCGUAGGC